CUUGUUUUGAAUAGUUAUAGUUGUCAUAUAAAUAGGGACUGUUUGUGGACGUUGAUUAGCAAACAAGAUAUUGCUGACAUAUUUGCAUAUAUCAUACAUCCAUACAUUUUUGCGAGCAUAUCUUUCCACGCAGAGUCAACAUGGCUGCUUCAAUCGCCAAUUUGAAGCUGCAGCUGCAAAAUACGCUCUCUCCGGACCAGAAUGUGCGGGUUGUGGCCGAGCAGACAAUCGAGCAAGCCUCUAAGAGUCAGAACUAUUCAUUACUACUACUAAAAAUAGUUAGUGAGGAUACACACGAGCUGCACCUUAGAGUUGCCGCUGCGGUAACAUUUAAAAACUUCAUCAAAAAGAAUUGGGAGAUUGAUGGCCAGGUGAACAAAAUCGCAGACCAAGACAGGCUGACGAUUAAGACGCAUAUUGUUGAUUUGAUGUUAAAAAUGCCUUCCCAGCUACAGGCUCAGCUGAGUGAAGCUGUGAGUCUGAUCGGCAAGCACGACUUCCCGGACGCUUGGCCUGAGCUGUUGCCUUCACUUGUGGCUAAACUCGACAACAACGAUGUCAGUGUUAUUAACGGGGUGCUUCGCACAGCCAGCAGUCUGUUCAACAGGUACACAUACGAGUUCAAGAGCGAUGAACUGUGGACAGAGAUCAAUAUUGCGCUGAAGCAGUUUGCGCAGCCGCUCACCGAUAUCACAGCGAAGAUGAUCAGCAUCCUCCCCCAGAACGCCAGCAAUCGCGACACCCUCACGACUGUCUUCUCCUUGCUGCACUCGGCUCUGGAUAUAUUCUACAGUCUGAAUUAUCAAGAUUUACCCGAAUUCUUCGAAGACAACAUGGAUCAGUGGAUGCUGAUCCACCACACUCUGCUUGUGUAUGACAAUCCCCUCGUGCGCAGUGACAGCGACGACCGCCCUGGACCCCUGGAGAAGACUAUGGCAAAGGCCUGUGACAAUGUGGCGCUGUACGCUGGCAAGUACGAUGAAGAAGAUGUGCCAUUCAGAAAGCACCUUCCCGUUUUUGUGGAGGACAUUUGGAACCUUCUAUGUACAACCAGCGGUGAGAUCAAAAACGAUUACCUGGUGUCUGGAGGCUUGGCAUUCCUGUCGGCGGUUGCUAAGCGACCGGGGACUAGCAGCAUGUUUGGCGAUCCCGCCACGCUCAAAACCAUUUGCGAGAAGAUUGUGAUACCCAACAUGCAGCUGCGCGAAUCGGAUGUGGAGGCCUUCGAAGACGAUCCUCAGGAGUACAUUGGCCAAGACAUCGAAGGCAGCGACACCGAGACACGGCGCCGAGCUGCGUGUGAUCUGGUAAAGGCGCUGAGACAACACUUUGAACAGCAAGUGACGGCUAUAUUCUCGUCAUACGUUGAGGUGAUGCUGGCUGAAUAUGCGAAAGAUCCUGUCAACAACUGGAAGUCAAAGGAUGCUGCGAUUUAUCUGGUGACCUCGCUGUCAGUAACGAGCACACUGGCGCGAGCAGGGGCCACCAAGGUUAACGAAUUCAUUCCGUUGCUGGACUUCUACAAGAACACCAUCAUCGACGAACUAAGGAUACAGAACAUCGACGAAAGACCGGUGAUCAAGAGUGACUGUGUCAAGUACGUCACCACCUUCAGGAAUCAGCUGGGUAAACAAGUGCUGAUAGAGGCCCUGCCGCUUUUGGUCGCCCACAUACUGUCAAGCAGCGUUGUCCUAAGCAGCUAUGCCGCCAACGGUGUGGAACGGCUGCUGAUGAUGAAGGAAGUCUCCCCAACGGGCGUGUCCCAGGCUGUCAUUACGCGGCAGGAUAUCAAGCCCUUCCUGUCGCAAGCGAUCAACAAUGUGUUCGCAGCGAUUGCUAAGGGAGGGCAGGCGAGUCUCAAUCCUUACCUGAUGAAAACCACCAUGCGCCUGAUAAACGUGGGCAAGGAGGAUAUCUUCCCCUAUUUAGAAUCCAUCAUGGAUCGCUUGAUAAAGAAACUGGAAGAGGUCUCGGCGAACCCCACCAAACCCGAUUUCAACCAUUACCUAUUCGAGUCUAUCAGUGCCGCUGUGCGGUUCUGCUGCAACAGCACUGAUCCCAGUCUUGUGGUUGCGUUUGAAACCUAUCUGCUGCCUCGCUUCGUGGUGAUAUUGCAGAAAGAGGUUUUAGAAUUCUUGCCUUAUGUUUUCCAAAUAAUGUCGCAAUUGCUGGAGUUGAACCUCGGCGCGCUGCCAGCGACGUACACGGAUAUGUUCCCUCACCUGAUGGCACCGGUACUGUGGGAGAAAAGCGGCAACGUACCUGGCCUGUCGAAGUUCAUACAAACGUACAUCUCUAAGAUGGGGGCCACCCUCUCCACAGACACGAGGACUAUUGAGUCGCUGCUGGGUAUCUUCCAGAAGCUGUUGGCCAGCAAAUCGAACGACCACUUCGGCUUUGCUAUUCUCAACGCUAUUGUCACGCAUGUGCCCGUCGAGGGAUAUCAACAACACGUGAGACAAAUAUACAACCUCAUAUUCAGCAGGCUUCAGGCAGCGAAGAGUCCGAAGCUGGUGUCCUGCAUUAUAGUGAACAGCACGCUCAUGAUGGGUCUGCAUGGUCCUGAUCUGGUGAUCAAUGCGAUAGACUCAAUACAGCCAAAGUUAUUCAAUAUGGUCAUCACGUCACUGUACCUGCCGUCGAUGCAAAAACUACAAACCUCACACAACCGGAAAAUAUGCGCUGUAGGAUUUAUCCGAUUACUCACAGAGUGCCCGGCGAUGAUAACCACAUAUAAAAGCUCGUUUGCCAGCCUGCUCACAGCCCUCCUCAAGCUAUUUGAAUUGCCUAAGGAGAAGAAGGACGACGAUGAUAUCGAGGAAGUCUCAUUCACACAUGCAUCGGAGUUCGCAACGGUGCAUACGCAACUCUCGUUCGCCAAGAAACCAGAAGUAGACCCCUUUGCUGCAGUGGUAGAUGCGCGUAUUCACUUGGCAAAAGCUUUACACACCAUGUCCACAAAGAUGCCGGGGAAGGUGCCUGCGUUGCUGCAAGGGCUAGACCCACAGGUUCAAGGCAUCCUCUCCAGCUACCUAACGCAAGCACAGGUGCAACUGGCAUGAGUGAGCUAAACUUAACUUGCACAAACGAGUUACUAUGGGGGAACAGAGUAGAUGCUGAACUCUUUUGCACAUGGGUUCAAAUGACCCGAUAUGCCUUCCAGAUGAUUGCCCGAGUAAGCCUACGCGCGCAAUGUCUGUCGUCACGCUCAAGGAAUGAGCCUUGUUGCCAAUAUUGUGAUAAAGUUCAAGGAGCUGCUUUGCAAGUUUGCACUAAUACAACUUGUGCAUGCCAAACCUUAGCACAGAUUGGGAAAAAUAGCCUUGUGCAAUUGGUCUAAAUGGGCUUGAAUGGCAACCCUGGUCCGGGAAGAAUACGUGCUUCACUAUACGCGGAGAGGUGUAUAUGUCCGCGACUUGAUAGUCAACAUAUUCCAUAUUCAUACUAUCUAUUUUCGCUGAACAUCGUUGUUUGUGGCCAGUGAAAGCUAAUGCUAUAGCCUAGAAUCGUACAUGGUAUGUACGGUCCAGGGGGUAAAUCGCGGUAUCUUCAUGUACGCCUUCGCCAUGCAAAGUACAUAAUGAAUUGUGAUUGUUCAACGUGUUGGUGUAUUGAGGUGACACAAGAUUGGCCUCUCAUUAAAAGCCACAACCAUUAGUGGCACGCAGCAUGCAAAGCGAACCGAAUGAGUUAUAGUCGCCAAAUUCAAAUCAGAAUAAAAUGAUUGUAUUUGUC